CGUAUCAACAGAGUUUCAUAUAAAGUGAAAUAAUUUUGUCGAACUUAUGAAAAACUAUUUGGAAAUUGAAUUAGAAUCUUGUGAAAAGUUUGCCGGUGCAACGACAAACGUGCAAGAAGCACCGAAAUCAGCUCGUAGAGAAUCAAUGGCACCUAAAAUUGUAGUGUGUCCCCCAGUGGAAGAAACCAGCGAAACAACAAAUGCCCCUCGCGGUUCCCGAUUACUUAAAGCUUUAAGCAAACGGCUGUCGCGUCGUUCUGCCGACGAAGACUCAUUGGGAAGCUCAAGCAGCAACGAAAGUAUGUCCAGCGAAACAGGCCGAAGCGAAGACCCAUCAUCUAGUUCAACGAGUGACUCCGGGAGCGACGGGUCCGAGCCUCGGCGGCGACACCGCUCAGUUGUAUCCCUCCGGCGUGUUUUCCAACAUUUUAAUAUAACAAGCCGUUCACAGUCGACCUCGCCCGUUGACAGACGACAACCGAAGAAGCAAUCUCAACCGAAACGUAUCCUCCGCUCGCCUGUAACAUACACGUACGUGCGAGGGCUAUCCGGCCUACCCACCCAGAGAGUACCACGGCGAGCUGUGAGCUGCGGAUCAAUGGGCUUAAACCGAUAAAGUAAUAAAGUAUCGAUAUGUGGAUAUUAACAACAAGAAUGGAGAUAAAGACUGUUUAUGAAUGGAGAAACUGUCGCCAUGAUAACGACAUGAACUCGUCAUAUCAAUAAUUUAAUGUUCUGCUAGAGAUGAACUGUCGUCAAGAUGGACCAAAGUGUUGGAGCGAAUAAUGAAAUUAUCGAUGUUCAACUUACAGUCAUCUUUUGAGAUUUAUAUAAAUCCAAUCUGGUUAAGAGUCUAAAAGACUUGUAACCAAUAUGAACAAUUGCUACUUUAUUUUAAAACUAUUGAAAACUUAAAUUCGUCGGCUCUAAUAAUAUAAGAAAUACUUAACAUUUAACAAAGUAAUUCUAUAUAAAUUUGGUUUCAAUAUGAAGGGUAGAACGUAUUAGAAUGUUUUUGGUAUUGAAGAAACUAACAAUGAAUCUAUCGUAUAACAGUAUGUAAGUCAAAUAUAGUGCCUUUCCACAUAUUGACAAUUUUAUUGUAUACGUCCUACUUAUAAAUAUUGCGUCAGGAAAACUUGUAUUUAUAUAGAAAAAAUUUUACUGUAACACCACGAGAAUUUUCGUAGAUCAUGUACCACGACUUAGUAG